AUGGCGACGCGCGUCAUCGCGCCCGGCGGUGCGCGCAUUUAUGCGCGACGCGCGCGCAUCGCGCUCGUCGCGCGCGGCCGCGGCAUCGCGCGAUGCGCGGCGGUUGAAGAUGAAUCAGCGCUGAGCGCGAGCGCGAGUCCCGAGGCGUGCGCGCGGCGCGUGCGCGACGGCGACGCCACGCUGAUUUGCGGCGAGGGCGACUUUUCCUUCGCGCUCGCGUUCGCCACGGCCGCGAGCGCGAACGCGCGCAUCGUCGCCACUUCGCUCGCGGCGAGAGAGGAAGUCGUCGAGGCGUGGCGCGGCGGCGACAACGUGGACGCGCUGCGUAAGCGCCCGAACUGUCGAGUCGAACACGGCGUCGACGCGACGACGCUCUCGACGACGUUCGCGAAAGAAACGUUCGAUCGCGUGUUGUUUAAUUUUCCGCACAUUCCGGGGAAGGCGAAGAUGGAUAGGAAUCGAGAGUUGUUGGCGGCGUAUUUGCGCGAGGCGCUGCGCGUCGCGCCGAACGGCUUCGUGGAGUGCGCGUUGGCGCCCGGGCAAGGCGGAACGCUUGUGGACGGUGAAAAUAGGAGAGAGUAUGGAAAUUCAUGGCAGUGUUACACGCACGGCGCGGAAAAUGGCGCGUUGCUCGUGGAGGCGGUUCGGUUUGAAGACGCCGCGUGGCGCGCGCGAGGAUACGAAUCGCGCGGGCACUGGCGAGGCUUACGAGCGGAGCGCGGAUUUCUCACCGAGGGCGGCGUCGUGCAUGUAUUUUGCGCUGAAUCCCGCGCGCGCGAGCUUGGAUUAGAGUGCGAUCACUGCGUCCCGUUCACGCGCGACGUGAGCGUGUGGGCGAGCGCCGCCGACGACGAUUCGGCUUUGACGGUUCGGCGCGCGUUCGAGCGCGCGUGCGGCGAUUUCGACGCGCGCGUAUCGAGCGUCGAACGCAUCGAUGAGUGGCGCGAUGAUAGCGGACGGACGAGCGAAACGUUCCGAGUGGAGUACGCGUCGAGAACUAUGGCUCUGACGCGAGCGCGCGUCAAUGCGUGGAACGACGCGGCGCGAAACGCGCUCGGCGAUCGACUGCGCGGGGUCGCCCCGACGUAA